AUGAAAGAAAAAAAGGAAAAGAAAGACAAGAAAGACAAGAAAGAUAAGAAAGAUAAGAAAGAUAAGAAGGAGAAGAAGGCCAAGAAGGAAAAGAUAGGUGAGGACGAUGCAGUCUCUGUCAAGGAGUCAGAAGCAAGAGAUGCAGGAGAUGACAGGAGUCAGUCCCCAUCCGACAGUGCCCCCUCAAGCUCGGUGAAGACUGAGCCUGCACCAGCAGCUGAAGGUGAACAUCCUGGUCAGGCCAUGGCCAAAAGUACAUUGAACGCCAAGGCACUGGCAGCACUCAACAGAGCAGCAACGGCUGAUUUGCAGCACCAGGUUGAAACUGACCCCGAAAAGAACGAUGAUGAGCUGCCGGAGCUUUCCGAGCAUGUCAAGAAGCUUCGGCACCGUCAUCUCAACCAGUUUCAGCGGUCUUUGAAAAGUCUGAUACUCAGUAAUGUGUGGCAAUCAAACGAUUUGGGCAACUUUCCAAUGGCCCUCGUUCCUGUCGAACCCAUGGCAUCCAUGCAAGCAUACCUUGCUCCCUUGUUACACAUCGACCGUGUGAUUCAGAACCUGUAUGAGGUUAUGUUCGAACUGCAGGAACUCGAAGACGUUUUGACCGCUAUGAAUUUACCUGGCAUCACUCCACCAAUGUUGGACCUCGCCGCUCCAGUUCGGCGUAUCAUUGCAGCAGCCAAGGUUCAUCGCCUUCGAACAAUAGUGCAACUCCAGAGGAACUUGCACAUUUACUGGCGUCACCAUUGGA